CAACCGAACUACGCGCGUCGGCGCCGGUGACAUGUAUGCACGCCCGGCCCGGGCUCCCUCUAUAUAAACCACGGGUGCACGCCAGUCGACCGCAACCCAAAAGAGGUCGAGGUUCCAUCGAGAGCAUUGGCCAUGAAAAUGGAUCAGAAGACGAUCAUCGUGUGCUCGGUCGUCGGCUCCCUCGGGGUGCUGAGUGCCAUCCUGGGGUUCUCAGCCGAAGGCACGAAGCUCACCAUUUCGGACUUGUACGUGGGUGGAGGGGUGUGCCUGUACCCGCAGAACCCGGCGCUGGGGCUCGGGGUCUGCGCCGCCAUCUUCCUCAUCGUGGCCCAGAUCGUCUUCGCGGUCGUCGGCGGCUGCUGCGGCUGCUGCAAGUCCCGCGCCAUCCCCUCCGAGACCAACCGGAUCAUCGGCGUCGUCUGCGCCGUCUUCUCAUGGAUCUCGGCGAUGAUCGCGUUCGGGCUGCUGGCGGAGGGCGCUGCGUGGAACUCCACCGGGACGCGGUACUCGUCAGUGUACGGGUAUUGCUACGUCCUUAAGGACGGCAUCUUCGCCGGCGGCGCCGUGCUCACGCUGGUCGCCACGGCCCUCGGGGUCACCUCCUACAUCAUGCUCCGCAAGCAGCCUGCCGCCGCCGCCGCCACCUCUGCCGUGCCCAAGGCAGGCGAGCAGAUGCCGGCGGGCGGCGCCGGGAUCGCGAUGGGGCAGCCGCAGUUCCCGCAGCAGGCUUCUCCACAGGGGCAGGGGUACGGGCAGGCGCCGCCGAGCUACCCGCAGUACUCGCCGCCGCCUCAGGGACAGCCGGGGUACGGCCAAGCGCCGAACGCGCAGUUCCCUCCUGCCGCUUCUGCUCCAUACGGCCAGGCGCCGAACCCGCACUACCCCCCUCCUCCGGCACAAGGCUAUGGAUCCAACCAGCAGCAGCAGCAGUUCCCACCUCCUCCGGCGCAAGGCUACGGGGUGCACGCGCAGAACCAGCAGUACCCUCCUCCUCCUGCCGCUCAUGGCUACGGUGCGCACGCGCCGAACCAGCAGUUUCCCCCUGCAUCUCCUCCUCCUGCUCAUGGCUAUGGACCGCACACGCCUCCUACAGGACACGAACAGGUGUAACGCGCGCUGUCAACCAUGCUUUUUUCUUCAAAAAAAAUAUAUACCCCCGACCUCUGCAUCGGAACAAUGCAUGCAGACCAUGCAUCUGCCGUGCUACAUUUCAUGAUUUUGAUUUUUUUUCCAAAUGUAACAUGUGUAUCUCUUGUACUCUCUACCUCUAAAGGAGGGCCUUGUAUUCUUGUGUUACUUUACUUGUAGAGGAUCAGCAAAGCUUGUUUACUGCAAUACCGCUCUACAUUUGCAGUAAAGAUUUCUCGUUUAAUCUU